AACUUGUGAGGAAAUAUUAUUAGUGAACUUAAUGGCAAUUUGUGUUAAAUUCAAGGGAUUUAAAGGAGGAAAAUUUGGAUAAGGAUGGCUUAUUUCUUUUCUUCUUCUUCCUUUCUUCUUCAGCCCGCGUGCUUCUGCUCUUCCCGACCCUGCUGCAGCCGAAACAAAAAGAAAAAAAAGGGAACCAAGCAAGCCGACAGCCAUCCCAAAAACCCGGUAGAAAGCUUGAAAUUUCUCCUUCUUCUCUUGUUAAAUAACAAGCAUAGAACCCAGAAAUCCUUCCCCCCCAUCUGCAGAAUUCCAGAUCUGCUCUACUCUGUCCUCACCGUCCGGCUGCUCCUGCUUUGUGGGGGCGAAUUGCUUUGGUUUUUGAUUUCCGUGAGUUUCCCUGCAGAUCCCGCCGGCCUCCUCCCCAAACUACAGCUCCGGUUUCCUUGCUUGCAAAUUCUGGUAUGUUGACAGCCCUUCCAAGCCUUGAAUUUGUCCAUUUAUUUGCUGCCUUGUGUGUCCGAAUUUUGCUGGAAAAAUGGGAGGAAUUCCGGUAGCAAUUAAGAGCAUUUUAAGUGUGUUUUGUUUCUUAAUUCAUGUAGAAAAUUAAUUAAUUGACUGCUGUGAUUUUUGGAGAGAAAAUCCCGUGAAUUAGCUAGUGUUUUGGCCAAUUUUUGGAAGUUGCAGUACUGUUCACGGCGCGAGCAUUGUUCACAGUACUGUUCACGUGGUAACGGGAUUAAACCCGUUUUAUGCAAAAGUAAGUAUGACUGAUUUGAAGUGAAAUUUUUAUGCUUUUCAUUAAAUUGAGCAUGCCUACUUGAAAUUUAAUUGAUUGUCCUAAUGAUUUGAAAGUGAUUGGUGAAUUAUGAUUUUUCUGUUAAUUUCUGCUUGUUUUGUCUCCGAUAUGGUCAUGUUAUUCGUGUGCCCGUUAGUAGGAGGUUUAUAAAUGCUAGCACAUGUCGACAUGUUACUGAUAGAAUCGAUUCGUUUCUGUUAUCCUGCUAGUGGAAUUAUACACUAGUAAAUCGUGUGCCUGCUAGUGGGAGGUUUAUAACACUGGCCAUGACCUAUGGAGGAGACGUCUAUUUCGUUUUCGUACUCGUACUUGUUUUUUGUGAUUACACUGGAAGCGAAACCGAGGACGGGGAAACCAUGGGAAGUGACGAGUUAGAAGGCUAGCCAUUCCGAGAUUGAUAUAGAUUUUAGAAAUAAAUCAUGUUUUUGUAAGAUAGAAUUUACCUUGAAUUUAUGAAUCAAAACAGAUUUCGAUCAUUAGAACAAUUACUUGGAUUUAAGUCAUUUUGGAUAUAGAAAUAAAUUGAAAUAUCUAAU